AUGAAUACAAACAAUGAAUCUCAAGAAGAAUUAAUUAUUCUUGUUAGUGCUAUAUUUAGUAUGAUUUCAUUUAUAAUGUCUAUUUUGGCAACAACAACAUCUGGAUGGCAAAUUGAUAGUCAUCAUAAUAAAACAGGUUUAUUUCAAAUAUGUUAUAAAGAUAGUUGUACAAGUAUAAGAGAAAAACAUAAUAUAUCAAUAAUAUUUGCUAUUAUAGGUCAAUGUCUUAUUAUAUUUGGUAUUAUUAGUUCAUUUAUAAAUGUAUUUAUUUAUCGACGUCGAAUAAAUUUAAUUAUUAUUACAAUAUUUUUUUUUCUUGCUUCUUUAUUUUUAUGGAUAACAAUUUUAACAAUAAAUUUAUAUUUAUUUAUGAAUGGUGGUAGUGCUAUUAUUUUUAAUGCAGCUAUAGCUUUUUCAUUAUUUGCUACAUUUACAGCAUCAUAUGCAUUAGGUGUAUCAUUUGCAUUACAUCAUAAUCCUAAAAUAUCUAUAAAAUAUAAUCAAAUAACAAUGCCAUUUCAAUUAUAUCGAAAUGUGCCAACAGCAUUAUAA